GCCGCGUCUCUACCUGGGGCCUCCAUCACCUCCACCGAGCCAUGUACCAGGCUGCAGGAGCUGCCCAGGCCACCCCCUCUCAUGAAGCCAAAGGCAGCGGUGGCAGCAGCACUGUCCAGCGCUCCAAGUCCUUCAGCCUUCGGGCCCAGGUGAAGGAGAGCUGUGCCGCCUGCCAGAAGACCGUGUACCCUAUGGAGCGCCUGGUGGCGGACAAGCUCAUUUUCCACAACUCUUGCUUCUGUUGCAAGCACUGUCACACCAAGCUGAGCCUGGGCAGCUACGCAGCACUGCACGGGGAAUUUUACUGCAAGCCCCACUUUCAGCAGCUGUUUAAGAGCAAAGGCAACUAUGAUGAGGGCUUUGGCCGGAAGCAGCACAAGGAGCUCUGGGCCCGCAAGGAGGUGGACGCCGGCACCAAGACGGCCUGAGGCCCCUCUGCUGUCCACCCCCUCCGUAGAAGAGGGCCUGGAGUGGGGCAGUGGGAAGGGUGGGAAAGAGAUUGGACCUGGGCUCCGGUUGGGGGGCAGGGUGGGAGGGGGAUAAGGUCAUCUUGCUCAGGCAGAGGGUUGGGGGGGGCAGAGCUCCAGGAUUCUUUCAUUCUCCCUGGGGGUGGGUGGUGGUGGUUUGGGAAUCAGGAUUGGGGGUUUCUCACCACCCUGCUUCCUACUUCUUUCAGCCUACCCCACCUCACCCUAUGGCCCCCUGGGAGGUCCCCAAGCCCAGCUUCCCUAUCUAGGUGCCUUUUCUCCAGCAAGGAGUCAGCAUGCCCCCCUCAGGGUCCCAAGCUCCCUCACUGCCACCUGGGGCCCUCUGUGGCCCCCACAUCUCCCCAUCUACCUCUGCCCUUAGCCUGGUCCUGAGCCAUGGAGACUGGAGGAAGGAGAGCCAGCGUGCCCUCGCUGGGCCUCACAGAAUGCCCACCAAGGCCCUGUGGGGGAGUGGAGGGGGAAGUUGAUUAGCCCUGCCCCCCCCCCCCCCCCCGGCCCCAUAGGCGAGGCAGGGCAUGCCCAGUGGGGCUGGGGACCCAUCUUGCACCACCGGAGUCAAGAAGCGGAAGCUAAAGCACCGCCAGGCUGAGAGCCACAGAGACUGGCUGGGUGGGGGCUGGCAUUGGCCAUGCUCCCCUCCUCUUGUCCCCUAUUGCUGCCGGUUCUGACUGUUGCGAUCAACCCUGUUUUAAACAUGUUUUAACAGAUCCUGACUCUGUAUUAUGUGGCCUGAUGGGGGGCUUUGUGGCAGGAAAGAUACAGACUAGUCAUGUAGAGGUGACAGGGGACAUGGUCAGCCUAGAGCACUCCUGGACUUGAUUGGGGUGGGAUGGGGCUGAGAAAUGGGUGUCAGGGAAAUACCAGCCAGCCUGAGAAAAAGGGGGUGCUCCUUUUUCAACAGCCAGGUGUCCAUGCUGUCGUACCCAGAGUGGCUUUAAAACUGAAACUCCACGUCGGUUGAAAAAUUGAGGUCAGGCUGGGGUGCCUAGCUUGCUCAGUUGGUAGAGCAUGUGGCUCUUGAUCUCAGGGUUGUGAGUUCAAACCCCACAUUGGGUGUGGAGCCUAUUAAAAAAGAAGAAGGAGGAGGUCAGGCCAUCAGCAGGUGAUGUGGAGCCCGGCCUCACUGCACUUAAGUAUAUUAUUGCAAGGCAGAACCCUUCUUGUCCUUGCCUAGACCCCCUUUGCCCUAGAAAUCAACAAAGGCUGGUGGAAACCAGCAGAUUCAGCAAGUGCUGUUAAAGGGUUUCUGGUUCUCUGUGCCCUUCCCCAUCUGUUAUCUUCCCCUUGCUUUUUCAAGCUCUGGGGAGUGGGGCAG